GAAGAACAUGCAUUUAGAUACUCCAUGAUUUGUGAGCUCCUUUCUUUGAAACCUCUGCUGGUGUAAACAAUCCCUCAUGAUGGGCAGAACUGCAGGAUGUCCUAGUAAGAUCUCCACUGUCGGAGCCACAACAGCACAAGCACAGCCAGCAGAACUCUACCCUAAAAAAGCUCUGGUUCUGGUCAGCUGACAUGCAUUGCAAAGUGUGAUUUGUUGGAGGAACCAGGCUGGGCUGAACCACACACAACUGCAAUCAGUGUCUGUGUGUUGGGGGGAGAGAGAGAGAGACAUGCCAGUGUGUCAGCUCAGCAACAGUAACAUUAGGAGCAGGAGCCUUGAACAGAGCAGCUUAGGGAUAUUUGCUAAAGUGUGCAAAGCUGGACUGGAAGAAGUAAAGUAUAAGGGUGAGACGGGGUUGGCUGGAGACAUAGGUAUUGAUUGGAUUAGGUUUGAACUGACUGCCUCACCUGUGGCUGAGCUGGGAGCGCACCUGGAUUCUAAUCUACAAGGAGCCCAACAAGGACCCUUGGAAGUGAAGCCUGCACUGCUGGAUGAGAUCCGGCUGGAUUGGAGCAUUAAAGCAGGGGGAAAAUGGGUUGCUCUGCCAGUGUGGUCCUGCUUCUACGGUCAGUGGGAGGAUCCGACUUCGGUCACAUGUGUUCACGGCAGGACCAGAUGUCAGUGGAAGCUGCAACACCUACAUUAGAGGGUUACACCACCAACAACUCACCACUUGCCAUCAUUAUAAUGCAAGAGAAGCCUAAGGUGAUCGAUCCUCUCGACUAUGAAGCUGUCAUCGCCGAACUAGGGGAUGAGUUAAAGGAAGACCCUGUAAGGGACUUGUAUCUGUUUCCUGACAAUGAUUUCUCAGUAUCCACUGUGCCUCAGGAGAGACGAACUCUCAAGUCCUCUGUUCCUGAGGGGGCAGAACAGGCUGAAUGUCUGCUGGUCAGACAGGCCUGCAAGUACUACAACGCUGAACUAAAUGUAGUUCAGUUUAAGUAUGAUGACUAUGCUGGAGAUUACCGUCUGCUGCCAAGAAAACUGUACAAAGCAGAGAAGCUACCGUCCCAUUCUUUUGAGAUUGACUAUGAAGAUGUGGAUAAAGAUGAGGACACCACCUCACUGUCCUCCUCUAAAGGUGGAGGUGGUGGAGGGAGUGGAGGAGGAUGUGGAGGAGGGGGAGGUGGUGGAGGAGGAAUUGGUGUCUUUAGAUCGGGAUGGUUGUACAAAGGGAACUUCAACAGCACUGUCAACAAUAGUAUCACUGUUCGAUCAUUCAAGAGGAGAUAUUUCCAGCUCACUCAGCUAACAGAUAACUCCUACAUCAUGAACUUCUACAAAGAUGAAAAAAUCUCAAAGGAACCCAAAGGAUGCAUCUUUCUUGACUCAUGCACUGAUGUUGUACAGAACAACCGCCUGAGGAAGCAUGCGUUUGAGCUGAAGAUGAAUGAAGUUACGUACUUUGUGCUGGCCGCAGAAAGUGAGCAGGACAUGGAGGAGUGGAUCAGCACGUUAACCCGCAUCCUGCAGAUCAGCCCCCCAGACGGGCCUGCUCCAGACCGCAAGAGCCUGGAAAUUACUGAUCAUCGACAGGAUGUGUUUGACCUGUCGCUAAAUGACUGUAGUUUGCAGGACAAUGAAGAAACCACAGAGAAUGGCAUAAACCCAGAGCUAGCAAAGUAUAUCUCAGAGACAGAUGACAAACUUCGCUCUGCCAGAAGAGAGGAGCGGUUGAAUCUUUUUUCUCUUGAUCCUGACACGCCUGUCCUGAGGAGUCCACGGAAUGAGCAUUCAUCAUCAGACAACAAACCAGUUGGUCCAUUUGAGGAGAAGCUGGGCAGAAGGUUCAUGAUAACAUGCAAAUCACUCAACCUCAUGCUACAAGGCUGUGUCACUGAGACUGAAAACGGACCAGUCACCAACAUUGAGCCAUUCUUUGUGUCACUGGCUCUGCUGGAUGUGCGAGAAGGGAGAAGGGUUUCUGCAGAUUUUCAUGUCGACCUCAACCAUGAAGCAGUGCGGCAGAUGAUUGGAGGCUGUAACAGUGCAACAGGAAGUUCUGGUCCAGGGGUGGGAAGUCAGGAGAAUGGAUUGUGCUCUCCAGCAGAGAGGAAACCUGGUGACUGUCACCUUGAACUGGAGCUGGAGCACUGGCUUUGCUAUCCAAAACAGGCCAUUUUCUCUGUGACCAACCCUAAUACCGAUAUUGUCAUGGUGGCUAAAAUAGAAAAGGUACUGAUGGGAAAUAUUACCUGUGGGACAGAACCUUAUAUCAAGAAUACAGACUCCUCCAAGACUGUUCAGAAGAUUAUAAAAUCCAACAAACAGUUUUGCAGCAAACUGGGGAAGUACAGGAUGCCUUUUGCGUGGUCUGUCAGAUACGUGUUUAAGGACAACCACGGAACUCUGGACAGAGAGUCUCGAUUCUCGCCUCUUUUCAAACAAGAGAGCAACAAAAUUUCCACAGAUGACCUGAUAAAGUUAGUGACUGAGUACAAAAGGGCUGAGAAGACCAGCAAACUGCAGACAGUGCCCGGGACACUGGACAUAUCAAUGGAAAACGUCCCACUUGAGCAUCCUAACUGUUUGACAUCCUCAUAUGUACCCAUAAAACCUUUUGAAGAGUUGAGCACACGUCAGCCUUCAGUAGAAGUGGAGGAGUUUGUCCAGGACACCAUCAAGUUCACCCAACCCUACCGCGUUUACAAAAACCAAAUUUAUGUCUACCCUAAACAUCUCAAGUACGACAGUCAGAAGAGUUUUGCAAAGGCUCGUAACAUAACCGUCUGUGUGGAAUUUCGGAGCUCAGAUGAAGAAGUUGCCAAACCCUUGAAGUGCAUCUAUGGCAAACCAGGAGGACCAGUCUUCACCACAGCUGCCUUUUCCACUGUCCUUCAUCACUCUCAGAACCCUGACUUCUAUGAUGAGGUGAAGAUUGAGCUUCCCACUCAACUCCAUGAAAAGCACCAUCUACUUUUCUAUUUUUACCACAUCACUUGUGACAUCAAUGCUAAGACAAAUGCAAAGAGGAAAGAAGCCCUCGAAACCCCAGUGGGGUAUUCAUGGCUGCCAAUUCUCAAAGAAGGUCGCAUGUCUUCGCAAGAAUUCAACAUUCCUGUUUCCUGCAACCUACCACCUGGAUACCUGGCCAUCAAAGAGUCUGGCAAUACCAAGAGUGGAGCAGAUGUGAAAUGGGUGGAUGGAGGGAAACCUAUCUUUAAGGUUUCCGCAAAUGUCGUCUCAACUGUGUACACUCAGGACCCCCACCUGAACCGAUUCUUCCAGCAGUGCCAGAAGAGAGAGCUGGACCUCUCUCAGCCUCCUACCUCUAAUUUUCUCAACUGCUUAAAGGGUCUUCUAAGCAUGGAGAGAAUCCCAGUCAUAGUUCGGUUCCUUCCAGUACUCUUUAACCAGCUGUUCAAGGUUCUGACUCUGAACGACAACGAUGAAGUCACCACUGUCACCACCAGAGUGUUGGUCCACAUUGUUGGCAAAUGCCACGAAGAAAAUCUGGAUCAUUAUCUGCACUCCUACAUCAAGUAUGUGUUCAAAUCAGAGGCUCACGGCUUUCGGACGGUUCACGAAGAGUUGGCAAAAGGGAUGACCUUCGAUCUGAAAAGCAACGAGCAAGCAGCUGUGAGGAACAUUCUCAAGUACUCCUGGUUCUUCUUUGAGCUCAUAAUUAAAUCCAUGGCUCAACAUUUGGCUGAUUCAGAGAAGGCAACGCUUCCGAGGCCACAGCGUUUUCCCUCCUCCUACCUGAGCCGUGUAGAAACCUUGGUGGAGACGGUGUCUGAACAUAUCUUCUGGAAGUACAAAGAGCUGGUGGAGGAAACACGCAGUGCCAAUAUGGCUGUAGCAGCUUUUGUAAAGCGCUGCUUCACUCUGAUGGACAGAGGCUUCACAUUCAAACUCAUAAGCAACUACAUUAACAUGAUUACUGCUGCUGACAACAAGGUGUUGUGUGAGCUGAAAUUUGACUUCCUAAGGGAUGUGUGCAACCAUGAGCAUUACAUUCCUCUCAGCCUACCCUUGCCCUCUGCUCGCAUCACAGAUCAUGCAUCCCCAGAGCCACAAAGCACUCAUGUGUCAGUGCCUGAGUACAAUCUGACCGGAGAGUUCUGCAGAAAGCACUUUCUGACUGGUCUGUUGCUACGGGAGCUAGGACUGGCGCUCCAGGACGAACAAGACCUGCGACAUCUAGCCUUAGCCACCCUAAAGAAUCUGAUGGCCAAGCACUCUCUGGAUGCACGUUAUGCCACCAAGGAGAAGCAGGCAAGGAUUGCAUCCCUUUACCUGCCUCUGUAUGGCUUGAUCCUGGACAACAUGCCCAGGUUCUUCCUGAGAGACCUCUUUCCCAUUUACUUCACAUCAAGUAACCAAGGCUCCCGAGAUGACGUCAGCAUGGGAGGGGGAGUGGCAGGAGGGCCGACUACUGUCAUUCGCCAUGGCAACUCUGUGGAUGCCUCUUUUUCCAAAGAAGUGCUCAAUUCUAUUACAGCCUUUUCAUCCUUGGCGGUUGCUAUGGGUAACCAGGCCGACUCUCGAGGUUCUCUGAUCAGUGUGGACUCCAACCCUAGCAACAGCGACAGGAACAGUGAGAAAAUGGAUGGCUGUGAAAAGUUUGCCCGCCCCCAGUCUCUGAUUGGCUACGGCUCUCGUUGUGACAAGCUGGACCAGGCAGAGACUCGAAGUCUCCUCAUGUGCUUUUUGCACAUCAUGAAAACCUUGUCUGAAGAUGUGCUGGUGUCCUACUGGCAUCGGGCAAUUCAUCAGGAAAUUUCGGACUUCUUCAACAUUCUGGAGCUUUGUCUUCAGCACUUCAGGUUCCUUGGAAAACGCCACAUAGCCCGGAAGCUAGCAGCGGCAGUAAAGCUGGCCCAGUCAACCCAUGCCAAUGGUACUCUGAAGGGCUCUAACCACCCCUCCCAGUCCUCUCAGUCCUCAAGCAUCUUCUCACAAUGGAUGGCGUCUGGAGGCGAAGGCCACCGGCAUGCUCGGUCCCAAACCAUGCCUAUUAUCAGAGGCAAAAACGCACUCACCAACCCAAAGCUGCUGCAUAUGAUGGACACAGAUGGGAGUGUUCAGGAGGGAGAUACGCUGAGCCCCACAGACAUUGAAGCCAAUUUGUCGACAGAGGUGGCCCUCACUGUGCUAGAUGUACUUGAACUCUUUGUUCACCACCACAAGAAGCAACUGUUGCUGGAUGAUGGACAGAACACAUUGAUGAAGAAGGUCCUAGAUACAUACUUGCUGUUCUUCCAAAUCAACCAGUCAACCGCCACCCUCCGGCACGUCUUUGCUGCGCUCAGACUCUUUGUCCAAAAGUUUCCCAGCGCAUUCUUCCAGGGAAAAGCAGACUUGUGUGGGUGCCUUUGCUCUGAGAUCCUUAAAUGCUGCAACCAUCGAUCCAGCUCCACUCAGACAGAGGCAGCCGCCCUGCUCUACUUUUUCAUGAGACAAAACUUUGAGUUUACAAAGGGCAAGUCAAUAGUUCGUUCACAUUUGCAGGUUAUCAAAGCAGUGAGCCAGUUGAUAGCCGAUGCUGGAAUUGGUGGCUCACGAUUUCAACAGUCUUUAGCCAUUAUCAAUAACUUUGCAAAUGGAGAUACACCCCUUAAGAACACUUCAUUUCCUGCUGAGGUGAAAGACCUGACCAAGCGGAUCCGGACAGUUCUGAUGGCAACAGCCCAAAUGAAGGAACAUGAGAAAGAUCCAGAGAUGCUGGUGGAUCUGCAGUACAGUUUGGCAAACUCCUAUGCCAGCACACCUGAGCUAAGGCGCACCUGGCUAGAGAGCAUGGCCAAGAUUCACGUGCGCAAUGGGGAUUUGUCAGAGGCUGCAAUGUGCUACAUUCACAUCUCAGCCCUGAUUGCUGAAUCCCUAAAGAGGAGAGGCUACUGGAGAGCUGACAAGGCCAGGAUGUCCAUUGUGUCCCCUGAAGAAAACCCUGUCUUUAAAUGUAGCUCCUUACUAACUACCACCCGAGAUCAAGACACAUCGUUUUCCAUGGGUUGGGCUGCGUUUUUGUGCAUCAGUCCAAAUGUUCAGGAGGAGGGUGCCAUGAAGGAAGACACCGGCACACAAGACACUCCGUACACUGAGGACACUCUAGUGGAGCAGCUGGAGCAGUGUGUGGAUUAUCUGUGGAAAUCUGAGAGAUACGAACUUAUCGCAGACAUUAACAAACCUGUGAUUGCUGUGUUUGAGAAGAGAAGGGACUUUAAGAGGCUGUCAGAGCUGUACUAUGACAUUCAUCGCUCCUACCUGAAGGUGACAGAGGUGGUGGAUGCGGAAAAACGUCUUUUUGGUCGCUACUACCGUGUCGCUUUUUACGGGCAGAUUGUGGGCUUCUUUGAUGAGGAAGAAAGUAAAGAGUUCAUCUACAAGGAGCCAAAGCUCACAGGACUGUCAGAAGUCUCCCAGAGAUUGCUGAAGCUCUACUCAGACAAGUUUGGAGCUGAUAACGUAAAGAUGAUUCAGGACUCCAAUAAGGUGAAUCCUAAAGACCUGGACCCCAAGUUUGCCUACAUCCAGGUGACAUAUGUGGUGCCCUACUUUGAUGAAAAGGAGCAACACGACAAAAGGACAGACUUUGAAAGACACCACAACAUCAGCCGCUUUGUGUUUGAGACUCCGUUCACGCUUUCAGGAAAAAAACAUGGAGAUGUUGAGGAGCAGUGUAAGAGGCGCACCAUACUGACCACAAGUUCCAGUUUCCCCUAUUUAAAAAAGAGAAUUGAGGUAGUGGAGCAGCAAAGCACAGAGAUGAAUCCGAUCGAAGUGGCAAUUGAUGAGAUGUCGCGGAAAGUUUCUGAGCUCAACCAGCUCUGCAACAUGGAGGAGGUGGACAUGAUUCGGCUGCAGCUAAAACUUCAGGGCAGUGUUAGUGUCAAGGUGAAUGCCGGGCCUAUGGCUUAUGCCAGGGCGUUUUUAGAGGAGAAGAAUGCAAAGAAAUACCCAGAUAACCAGGUCAAACUUCUCAAGGAGAUCUUCAGGCAGUUUGCAGAAGCCUGUGGUCAGGCUUUGGAUGUCAAUGACCGUCUCAUCAAGGAGGACCAGCUGGAGUACCAGGAGGAGAUGAGAGCUCAUUACAGAGACAUGCUGAUUGAGCUCUCUGGCAUCAUGAAUGAACAGCUUGAAACAUGUUUUCUUGCCUUCAGUACAUCAUCUUUGUCUAACAGCUUUCUUUCUAAGACUGAUUCCUCUCACAAGACAACCAGGAACGGAUCGGAACAGCACCUACUAAAUGGCCAAUUGGCUCAUCAGAAAAUCUUUGUUCCCACAUGAGCCCUAAAGUGGCCGAUUUGCUUGUUUUGGAAUUGCGGUGUUUUCCUGCUGCAAUGAGUGAUGGGAUCGUAGACUGUGACUAAUGACUUGUAUAAAGAAGGGGAGAAGUGUGUAGACUGUGGUUGUGGUAGUCUGUAGUCCUGUUGUUUUGACCGUCUUCAAUAGAGGCCAGGCUGCUGGACUGUUAGAUAUUGUUUGUUUUGGCCGUAGAGGCUCAACCCAUGUGCGAUUUAGAUUUCUAAGCCCAGAAAGCUGAUUCAUACAUUUACACACUGACAGACACUUGCCAGCAAAUACUGUUUAGUAGACACAUGUACACACAACAUGCGCCUUCUUUCUACAACCCUGACCCUUUAGAGAACAGUGACCUUACUGACCUUGAGGUGUGUUCAGCUCUUUUGUAAUUUAGAACUUUCUGGUGCAUUUUGAUGACAGUUUUUACACUUUUCUGUACAUAUGAUUUUUUUUCAAACAAUUUAAAGGUUAUCUCACAUAGUACCUGACAGAAAUAAGUCAGAGUACCAUACUUAAAAGAAGUUGGACACACCUCUGGAUCUUGCUUGAAUGUAGAUCAGCUUCUCAUUGCUACUUUUUAUCUAUUGUUAACAUUCUGGAAAUGUCAUUUUUGUCCAUUUUCCAACAGAAACAAACUUACAAAACAAACACAAAAAAGAUGUUUUGUAACAUUUUUUAUAUUGAAAAUUGCAUUGUUACUGUUAUUAUGUCCUGUACUGUUUUGAACUGUAAAUAAGAAUAAUAAUAUUUAAAAAUGUUUGAAAUGUUUUUUUUAUCAAACAUGCAAUAUAGAAAUAUUUGUUUAGCUGAAUAAAAAAAAAAAAGUUUUAUGUAUAACAUUUAAAUAAAAAAUUUGGUAAUGUUCAUUCAAUUU